UUUUCGUCUGGGUCGCCUCUUUUCACUCGCCGGAGACGUGGAAAAGUAAAGAGUCAGAGACGAUGAAAGACGACGGAGAGAUGGCGGAGGAGCAGAAGAAGAAGCCAUGUCGAUUCUGGAUUUGGGCUUUAUCUUCCGUUUUCUUCCGAUUGAUCUUGAUUUCCUUCCCCGGAAAUCUCAAUCUAUCUUCCCGUCCGGAGGUCUCCACACCUCUCACAAGCAUUCGCCGCCUUGCUGAAGGUUACUGGUUGAAGCAAGCUUCGAUGUCACCAUAUGCAGGAUCUAUGUAUCAUGGCUCGCCGUUGCUGCUCUCGCUUCUCGGACCUCUCACUGUUCAGAGGAUUAAUGGGCAACCAAGUCUCCUCUUGUGCAGCUUGGUUUUUGUUAUUGCAGAUAUAUUAAGUGCGAUGCUUCUUCGAGGGAUUGGUCAGAAACUCCAGAUGGCUUAUGGAUUGAAUGCGAGGCUACUUGGCCUUCUUAAGUCGUCAAGGGAUAAAGGGAUCCUACGUUGCGGUGAUAUUUCUGCUCUUGUGUACCUGUGGAAUCCUUUCACAAUCGUUUCUUGUGUGGGCUUAUCAACUUCUCCAAUCGAAAAUCUGGCUGUCAUACUGGCGCUUUAUGGAGCAGUUACUCGACGAGUUCCUCUGGCUGCAUUUGGCUUAGUCAUGGCCACACAUUUAUCUCUGUAUCCGGCAACCCUGACGAUUCCAAUGAUCUUUCUAUUGGGAUAUGGUUUGGAUGCUCCUCCUAUAAAAUUGUUCCUUCAGACCAAAAGUGUAGAAAACGAAGACAGAUCAACCUCUUCUGUUUCUAAAAAGGCUAAGUUCAAGCAGACUACACGCGUUCCCUUCUUAUGGAAAACAGUCGUGCACUUUGUGUUCUGGGUACUUCUGUGGUCGCUGUAUGUGUUGGUUUUAUGUGGCUUAUCACUGAGUAAAUAUGGUGGGCUUGAGGAGAUGUUCAAAAGGACAUAUGGUUUCAUUCUUAGUAUUGAAGAUCUGUCACCGAACAUCGGAGUCUUUUGGUACUUCUUUGCAGAAGUCUUCGACUUCUUCAGAAACUUCUUCCUGAUAGUUUUCCACGUAAAUAUUCUGUUUAUGUUACUGCCCUUAGCCAUACGAUUGAAACAUCGGCCCUGCUUCCUGGCUUUCAUAUACUUGACGAUCUCCUCGAUUCUUAAAUCUUACCCUUCAGUUGGAGAUUCGGCUUUAUACUUGAGUUUAUGGGCAUUGUUUGUCAAUGAGUUAGUAGAUAUGAAGUUCUCGUUCUUCCUCUUCUGUGGAUAUCUCGGGAUUUCUCUCCUCAGCCCUGUGAUGCAUAACCUCUGGAUAUGGCGUGGUACUGGAAACGCGAAUUUCUACUUCGGAAACGCUAUUGGCUAUGCAUGCUUCCAGAUCGUUUUCGUGGUUGAGAGCGUAAGUGCAAUGCUGAACCACGACCGGGCGCUUAAGAGAUGUAACUCGACCAAUCGAGAAGUCAAGAACUAAACCAUUUGCUGGUCAAUGCAAAACACACGUGAAGAAAACGAGUUUGGUUCUUAGCUUAGUGGUGCGAUUAGGUCAACCGCAAACGCUUAACGCUGGCCACACGUGUUUGUGUGAGUCGGUUUUUUUCGUUAAACAUCAUACAAAAGACAAAAUUUCCUUUGCCUUGCGAUUAAAGUAACAAUUAUAAUUUGAAAUUUGUGCCGA